GUGAGAUUCCCCUGUGAGGAAGAGGAGGAGGAGGCUGGUCCGCGGGGAGGGCAAAGAGUUCCCAUUGUCCUUUGGGGAAGAAACUGUGGCUUUUUCGAAGGAGGAGUUGGCUCUGCUGGACUUAAGCUGGGGAUGCGUGGGGAAAAAACAAAUGAAAGACCACAUGAAGUGUCCAGAAAAAGUGUUAAGUUGUCCGAUGUAAAAGAGAAUACUGGGAAUCAAGACAAGAUGAACUAGCUGGAGGGGAAUCCAAGUAAUAAAGAUAGGGAUAUAUGUCUGGAUUCUGACCUCCAUGCAAUGAUGGUUCAACAAAAAACACCCAAAGAAGCGAGAGAAAAGGAAUCCCCUGUGUCUGGAAAAACGAUCUCUCAUCAUACCCAUCAAGGAACGCAUGCAGGGGAGAAGCCAUUUGACUGUCCAGAGUGUGGAAAAGCAUUUAGUCAGAAGGGGGCGCUUGCUAUCCAUCAAAGAAUCCACUCAAGGGAGAAACCCUUCGAAUGCUUCGAGUGUGGAAAGAGAUUCUGCCACAAGGCUGCCCUUCAAGUGCAUGAAAGAAGACACACUGGCGAGGAGGCAUUUAAAUGCUUGGAGUGCGGAAAGAACUUCAGGGAUAAGCAUGAACUUGCUAAACAUCGAAGAAUUCACACAGAAGAGAAACCAUUUACCUGUCAGACGUGUAGAAAAGCAUUUAGGCAGAAGGGGGCACUUACUGUCCAUCAAAGAACACACUCAGGGGAGAAACCAUUUAAAUGCUUGGAGUGUGGAAAGGGAUAUUGCCAGAAGGCUGCCCUUCAAGCUCAUCAAAGAACACACAUUGGGGAAUCGCCACACAAAUGCCAAGAGUGCGGAAAGAGCUUCAGCUCGAAGAACAGCCUUACUUUACAUCAAAGACUGCACACAGGAGAGAAACCAUUUGAAUGUUCGCAGUGUGGAAAGAGCUUCAGGUGGAAGGAGAGCCUUGUAAUACAUCAGCGAAUUCACACAGACGAGAAACCAUUUGAAUGUUCACAGUGUGGAAAGAGAUUCUUUUCCAAGCGCAGCCUUAAACGUCAUCAGUUAAUUCACAGAGAACACAAGGCAUUUCAGUGUCUGGAGUGUGGAAAGAGAUUCAGCGAUAAGCAUUACCUUUCUAGACAUCAAAGAAUUCACACCGGAGAAAAACCAUUCAUUUGUCUGGUGUGUGGAAAAGCAUUUAGUUGGAAAAGGGCACUUACUUUCCAUCAAAGAAUCCACUCUGGCGAAAAACCAUGUAAAUGUUUGCAGUGUGGAAAGAGCUUCAGGUGGAAGGUGACCCUUGCAAUACAUCAGCGAAUUCACACAGGCACAGUAGAGAAACCAUUUGAAUGUUCGCAGUGUGAAAAGAGAUUCUUUUCUAGGCCCAACCUUACACGUCAUCAGCUUAUUCACAGUGGAGACAAGCCCUUUAAAUGUCUGGAGUGCAGAAAGGGUUUCACAGAUAAGUAUGACCUUGCUAAACAUCAAAGAAUUCACACAGGAGAGAAGCCAUUUAUCUGUCCGGAGUGUGGGAAAGCAUUUAAUCAGAAGGGGGCACUUACUGGGCAUCAAAGAAUCCACACUGGGGAGAAGCCUUUUGAAUGCUCUGAGUGUGGAAAGAGAUUCCGCCAGAAGGGUGCCCUUCAAGUGCAUGAAAGAACACACACCGGUGAGGAGCCGUUUAAAUGCUUGGAGUGUGGGAAGAGCUUCCGCUGUAGCAGUAUCCUUCAACAGCAUCAAAGAAGGCACAUCGGAGAGUCGCCUUAUAAAUGCCAAGAGUGCGGAAAGAGCUUCAGCUCAAAGUACAGCCUUACUUUACAUCAAAGAUUGCACACAGGGGAGAAACCAUUUGAAUGUUCGCAUUGUGGAAAGAGCUUCAGCAGGAAGGAGAGCUUUGUAAUACAUCAGCGAAUUCACACAGAUGAGAAACCAUUUGAAUGUUCACAGUGUAGAAAGAGAUUUUUUUCGAGGAACAGCCUUACACGUCAUCAGGUAAUUCACAGAGAUCACAAGGCAUUUAAAUGUCUGGAGUGCGGAAAGGGUUUCAGUGAUAAGCAUUACUUUGCUAGACAUCAAAGAAUUCACACAGGAGAAAAAACAUUCAUCUGUCUGGCCUGUGGGAAAGCAUUUAGGGAGAAGGGGGCACUUACUAACCAUAAAAGGAUCCACUCUGGGGAGAAACCAUUUAAAUGUUUUCAGUGUGGAAUGAGCUUUAGGUGGAAGGUGAGCCUCACAAUACAUCAGCGAAUUCACACAGCCACAGUGGAGAAACCAUUUGAAUGUUCACAGUGUGAAAAGAGAUUCUUUUCUAGGCAGAGCCUUACACGUCAUCAGCUUAUUCACAGAGAAGACAAGCCGUUUAAAUGUCUGGAGUGCGGAAAGGGUUUCAAAGAUAAACAUGGACUUACUAAACAUCAAAGAAUUCACACAGGAGAGAAACCAUUUAUCUGUCUGGUGUGUGGAAAAGCAUUUAGUCGGAAGUGGGCACUUACUGUCCAUCAAAGAAUAAGCCCUGGCGAGAAACCAUUUGAAUGCUUGGAGUGUGGAAAGAGAUUCUGCCAGAAGGCUGCCUUUGAAGGUCAUCAAAGAACUCACUCAGGGAAAACACCUUUUAAAUGCCCGGAGUGCGGAAAGAGUUUUAGAGAGAAGCAUUGCCUUGCUGCUCAUCAAAGAAUUCACACAGGGGAAAAACCAUUUGAAUGUCAGGAGUGUGGAAAAGCAUUUAGUCAGAAGGGGACACUUACUGUCCAUCAAAGAAUACACUCAGGGGAGAAGCCAUUUAAAUGCCUCGAGUGUGGAAAGGGAUUCCACUGCCGUAGUGUCCUUCAAGACCAUCAAAGAAGGCACACUGGAGAAAAGCCACAUAAAUGCCUGGAGUGUGGAAAGAAGUUCAGGCAGAAGAAUGGCCUUACUUUACAUCAAAGAAUUCAUUCAGGGGAGAAACCAUUUGAAUGUUUGCAGUGUGGAAAAAGCUUCAGGUGGAAAAACAACCUUGCAAAACACCAGCAAAUUCACACAGGCACAGGAGAAAAGCCCUUGAAAUGUUCGCAGUGUGGAAAGAAUUUUUUAUCCAGAUACAGUCUUACACGCCAUCAGUUAAUUCACACAGAAAACAACCCAUUUAAAUGUAUGGAGUGCGGAAAGAGUUUCAGGGAUGAGCAUGACCUUGCUAGACAUAGGAGAAUUCAUACAGGAGAGAAGCCAUUUAUCUGUCUGGAGUGUGGAAAAGCUUUUAAUCAGAAGAGGGCACUUACUGCCCAUCAAAGAACACACUCAGGGGAGAAACCAUUUGAAUGCUUGGAAUGUGGAAAGAGAUUCUGCCAGAAGGUUGCCCUUCAACGUCAUCAAAGAACUCACACAGGGGAAAAACCAUUUAAAUGCCUGGAGUGUGGCAAGAGUUUUAGUGAUAAGCAUUGCUUUGCUAGACAUCAAAGAAUUCACACAGGAGAGAAACCUUUUCAAUGUUUGCAGUGUGGAAAGAACUUUAGUGAGAGGAGAUACCUUAGAAACCAUCAGACAACUUGCAAAGGGGAGAUCCCUUUUAAUUGCUUGGGGCUUGCAAAGGGCUUUCACCAGGGGGGUCCUCUGCAAUACAAUCAAAGUGCUCCCACCGAGACUUCUUUGAAGGAGGAGGAAGAGUCUGAUACCCCUGAUCUUCCCUCUGUUACCAUAAUCCUGGGGCAAGAUGAGGGGUACAGUGACCGUGACAACUUGUCUGAGGUUCCCUGCAAACCAUUCAUUCCUGUCGCUAGCCCAGCUGUGAUUCACGACUCUCCUCCCACCACCCAUGGCUCAACAGAACACAGUUUGCAGUGCAUCCGGUGGGAUACUCAGAGCCAUGGUGGGAGGGCCUACCUGACUCCCAGAGUACCCUUUCUCCCAGGAAAUACGCUUGUUUAAGGCCCCGCUCAGGAACAUGGCUCUACUUGUGAGGCAGACUCCGAUGCAACUUCAGAAACCGGGUCAGCCAGAACAAAUGCUCCCAGACUUUUCCUUGGUUAAGAGCUGCAUUAGAGCUAUUUGUCUCCAUUUAUGUGCUCAUGACAGGAGAAACAUUUCAGUGUCUGAAGUAUAAACAGAGCCUAAGGCAGGGCACAAGUCUUACUUUACAUCAAAGAAGCCUCAUAGUACAAA